UAGAGUGAGAGGAUGCACAAAAAGUUUAUGAGGGUUAGGGUUUUUUUACGAAAUGGGAUCUCCUGAAAAUCCAAAUGAGUCGACCACAGCAAUCAUCGCAUCCACCACUUCACCACAAUCUGCUGCUUUCCAAAUUGUGGUGGAUGUUUGUUUAUGUAUGGUGUUGAAUUUGGAGGUGGAGCCUCCAAGUGCUUUAGAGGACUCUCCUAUCUUUAAUUACAUCAACAAUCUUUCUCCUAUAAAGCCUGUCAAGGGGACAUCAGCUUUACAAGUAUUUUCAGGGCUUAAUUCUCCUCCCCUUGUAUUCACAUCACCUCGAAUCCAUGCACAUCAACAAUCUGCCGAGUUGAAAAGGUCCCAAUGUCAUAUAUCAUCCCACUCAGAAUUAUCCCGACACGAUCGUACAGGCAAUAUCACUACUGGUGCAGUUGAACCCGAAAGACUCACUUCCCAUAUGAGCGAUCUUACUCCCUUGGCCAAUUCAAGUUUGACAAAUUUCGAAGAUGACCUACCCAAAGUGGCAGAUUCAAUGAACCCAGAGGGAUCUAUGGAAACCUAUGCCAAUGAAGAUGGCAAGGGAAGCAAUGUGGUGGCAAAUAAUGCAUCAGCUACAUUUGUUGAGCAAGCAAAACGGGACCAUGAAGGAAAUUUAUCAUCCUGUCCCAAGUCUAUUGAAAAUGAUGGAAAAACCAGUAGUUGUCCGAAAUCUAAUAGUUGCCAAAAAGUUCCGGCGAAUGUCUCUGUGGACAAUAUGUCUGUCCAAAAAUAUGACCAACGGGUGGCUCAGCAUAUGCAACCUGUUUUCCGGUACAAGGAUUGUGGCAAGCGAAUAGAAUCCGGAAUUGCCGAUGAAUCUAUUGUAACUAUGACAGAACGACACUCAAAGGUCGGUCAAAGUCAACUUGGGAAGCGAAGACGCCUUCAAUUUGAAACAGCUCAAGAAAAAAUUGUAGAAAAUGACCCUGGUUCUGAAAAUCCAAAUACUGCUGGCAAAUCAGAAAUUCUGGAGUCUUCUUGUGCUGAUAUUUCUUCAACUUCUCACAAUAUUCAACCUACUGGAAGUACCCAAUCCACAUGUCCCUUAUCUUUGUCUCAAAAUACUAGGAAUGCUAGUCUAACUGUUUCCAAGCCCUCAGGUAUUGGCUUGCACUUGAACAGCAUUGUUAAUGCCAGGCCUUUGGCUUGUCCCCUGAAUGUAAGCGUUAAACCAACAGAUGUGACCUAUUCAAGUGCUGGACGGAAGAAGUCGAUAUCUAUUACUUCUCAUAUGCAAAAUAACAUGCAAUGCACUUCAUUUUCAUCCAAUUCAAAUUUAGUGGAGAACGUUUCAGCUACAAGUGAAGAAUAUACGCACGAAACUCCUCCGUCUUGCCCUUCUUACAAUAAUGCAAAGUCCAUGAAGAUAAUUGAACAUGAAGACAAGUUUGAUCCAGGGAGCCUGAACUCUGGACAGACUGGGAGAGUUGAUGAGUUGGACAGAUCAAAUCCCAAAAAGAAAAGAAAGAAGACAGAGAGCACUGAUGAUGACUGCAAACACUGCAAUUGUAAGAAGAGCAAGUGCUUGAAACUUUAUUGUGACUGCUUUGCUGCUGGAAUCUAUUGUGCUGGGCCUUGUUCUUGCCAAGGGUGUUUCAACAGACCUGAAUAUGAAGAUACAGUUCUUGAGACACGGCAACAAAUAGAAUCACGAAAUCCACUUGCAUUUGCUCCUAAGAUCAUUCAUCGUCUUACACAGCCUCCAAGAAGCCAGAUUGUGGAGGAUGGAGAUCAACUGACACCACUUGCAGGAAGACACAAAAGGGGUUGCAACUGCAAGAAGUCAAUGUGCCUGAAAAAGUACUGUGAGUGCUAUCAGGCUAAUGUUGGAUGCUCCGAUGGAUGUCGGUGUGAAGACUGUCAAAAUAUUUAUGGCAAGAAAGGAGUAAGCGGCACGAUUAGAGAAAUGGGCAUGGAAGUCAUUAACGAGAAACUAAAUUGUUCAUUUGACGACAAGAUGAAAGUGGGUUCCAUUAGGUCAAGAUCCUCUCUUUCUGAAUUCCAAAAACCUCACAAUUUGACUCCCCAGACGCCUUCGUUUCAAUGUUCAAACCAUGGAAAUGAUGCAUCAAAAGCUCGAGUUUUACCCGGAAGAUACCUUCCGUCGCCAGAAUCUGAAAGCACUUUUUACCCUUCUUAUGUGAGCACCCCUAGAUCUCCCAAAAAUUCUGCUAGCUUUGACAUGAUCAUGGAAGCAAGUAACAUGAACAGUGAAAUGGUUCCAUUUGGUCAAGAUUUAUAUCCCAGCGUUGAAUUUAUGGAUGAAUGCUCACCUGGGUGUACUACCAGUGGUACCGCCACUGGUCAUCUCACCUCAAUGGGUGACUGGUCAAACAGUUCCAGAGCUCAGUUAUUACCUCCUGGUGGUCUGAGCUUUUCUUCUCUUUGUCCCCGUCGCUCCUCAGUCACCCCAGUGACUCUGUUUGGUGGGACAAAAUUGACCGACUCUCAACAAAAAUCCAUCGACAACUAUGAUGAUGACACACCCAAUAUACUAAAAGACUCUUCUAUCCAACCCAAUAAGGUGAAAGUGACAUCACCAAAUAAGAAGCGAAUUUCUCCGCCUAGGAUCCGAUUGCAUGAACUUGGUUCAAACUCUCUGAAAAGUGGCAGGAAAUUCAUAUUGAAGGCAGUUCCUUCUUUCCCACCUCUCACUUCAUGCAUUAAUUCCAAAGACAACACUGGUCGGAUUUCAAAUGAUCCUCCAGCAGAUGACACCCUUUAAAUGGAUUUUUAAGGUGAGAAAUUGUGUAUAACACAAUGGCGCUGCAACCACACAAUUUGGCAUCAUGCAACUACACAAGACUAGUCUAUAGUGAGUCUUCUUGACCCUUUUCUUGCCAUUUUCUUUUCUUAGUUCUGGGAAGGAUAUGUUUGUUUUCUCAUCUUUUUAUAUUAGUCAAAAGUGUUUGGAUUGUAGUUGUAUCUUCUGGCUUUCCAAAGAUUACCAAAUCCUGGUGGUUCAGAGGAAAUUGCAGAGUGUUCAAUGACCAAAAAGUUAGUUUACUUGCAUAGAAAUCUUUCCAGUUUGGUGAAUCUGUAUUGGGAUAUUUUUGGGUAUUAAUGAUCCAUUUUUGACUUGGUGAAUGGGAAAAGAUUCAAAAUCC